GGGUUGAGAUACGAGCCGAGUUCGUUUGUCGCAUUGGCAAGCUUCAUCAUCAUCAUUGUGGUUGCAGUUAAAUGGUGUACAGGCAGUAGUCAGCAUAAGCCAAGGUGAAGAAGAGGGAGACAAGAGAAGUGGUUGAGGUUGUGGCGCUAUUUGCCUAUGGCAGCCUUCACCUCUUCUCUCUCGCUCCCUCUCCAAUUCAAUCCCUUAUCUCGUUCUCGCCGCCAAUUUUCUCCACUUCUUCUUUCUCCUUCCACCAAUUUCACCUUCCGAUUCUCUGCCCUAACCAUCACCUCCUCCGCCUUGCACUCCGCCUCCGACAACUUUGAUCAUGCCAACCACUCGCGCUCGCCUUUUUCAUCCAAGAAAUCAGUGCUUUCAUCUUUGAUACAAGAGAUAGAGCCAUUAGAUGUAAGUGUAAUUCAAAAAGAUGUUCCACCUACCACUGUGGAUGCUAUGAAAAGGACUAUAUCAGGCAUGCUGGGGUUACUUCCAUCUGACCAGUUUCAAGUUUUAGUUGAGGCUUUAUGGGAACCAGUAUCUAAGUUAUUAGUUUCUUCAAUAAUGACCGGGUACACAUUGCGUAAUGCUGAAUAUAGACUCUGCCUUGAACGAAACCUUGACUUUGAUGAUGGAAAUAAUGACAAACAAACAAAUGAUAAUUGUAGAAUUGAUCUACAUGAAAUGUUGCUUGACAGUGCAAAUUUAGCAAACGUUUCAGAUGAAAAUGAGUCUUCUUCCAGAUGUGAGGAAUCGUUGGACGAAUCAUCCGAAAGCGUCAAUAUUCAAGGCAUUGGUGAAACCUCUCCUGAAGUUCAACAACAUAUUCUUCAUUUACAGUUUCAAUUAUCUUCAAUUAAAAAGGAACUCCAUGAGGUAAAGAGGAAAAGUGCAGCUCUUCAGAUGCAACAAUUUGUUGGCGAGGAGAAAAAUGAUCUGUUGGACUAUCUGAGAUCAUUACAGCCAGAAAAGGUGGCUGAGUUGUCUGAACCUACAUCCCCUGAUUUAAAAGAAGCCAUACAUUCCGUUGUCCAUGGACUUCUUGCGACCCUUUCUCCAAAGAUUCAUUCCAAAGUUUCUUCUCAAUCAGAAAAUAUUGGAACAAGCACAACAGAUAUUGGUAAUGAAGAUUGUGCAGAACUUGUUGAGAAUACUUCUCUCCAAUUCCAGCCUCUCUUAACAUUAACUCGAGACUAUCUGGCUCGUCUACUUUUCUGGUGCAUGCUGUUGGGGCAUUACCUAAGAGGCCUGGAAUACAGAAUGGAGCUGAUGAAUCUUCUUUCCCUUUCAAGCAAUGUUGAAAAUGCAGCAGCUGGUGACCAAUAAUCAUCUUUGAAUUAUAACUUUUCUUCAACAUGCUGAGGCUGGCAGUGACAGUGUUCAAAAAGAGGGGAGGUUUCAUAUCUUCUGCAAGUAUACAGCUUUCAAGUAAAGGUGACCAAUCCUUUUUUCCUUUUUUUAUUUUUAUUUUUGGUGCGCGCGCGUGGUUAUUUUACCUAUUGAAAGACCUGUGUUCCUUUUCCUUCAUUUUGUUUGGCUUCCUCAAAAAUAUUGUACAAGUACAAAUAUUUAUUGUCUAAUUAUAGUAGUUGGUAGUAACUCGGUAGAAGUCUAAUUGAUUAAA